GUUAAACUGACUUUGAUCCGAUUUGACUUCACGAGAGGGACUUCGGCAGCAUUAAGAUAUGUUAGGCUACAUUAAACAAAAUCCCACUGUUGAAAAAAUGACAUCAUUCGGAAACUCAUUGUAUCUGAUAUGAGUGGAUUGGCCACUUUAGUCGUUUGCUAUAGGCACAUGCUACAUUCUCUAUACAUGAUCACCAACCCAGCAACUCGCUUGAUUUCUGUAACCAAAACAGCUAUUUAAACAGUAAAUAAAUCUAUUAGAUACAUAUAAACGUUAGAGUACCAUCUUUUGUAGCGUCGAUUGGCUUAUACGUAUUAUGUAUGGCAGUAUGAGAUAUGUAAACGAGACGAGAAGCCCGUAUAAAAUUUGAUAAUUGUUUAUGUCGGCCAUAAUAGACAGAGUCAACUAACCCACCGUUGCCGAGACCCAACUGCUCGUCAACUGUAUGCGACUGCCAGGCCGACGUUUAAUUGCCAUUGGUCGCCAAUCCCCAUAUCCCAACAAAGUUAUUAACUUCAUCGUAGGGAUGGAUGAACGGUUUCAGAUAUAAUAAUACUAAUCUCAGUUUGAUUUGGUUUGAUAUAAGCUGACAGAUCUAAGUUAAUAUAAAGGCGCUUCUCAUUUUCUGCAUAUUUAAUGGUAACGUUACUGGUUAUUACCGCGUGUUAUAUCUGGGUUCUAGCAUCUAUUUAACGGCACCUACUUGUAUCGAACAGAUACAACGUAAGAAACGUUUUGACAUUGAAUUUGGCAAAAAAAAAAAACAUUUUGAUGUAGCUAAAGAAAACUGUUAUUUAUUAGUCAGUUGUUUUGAUACAAUUUCACGAAACAGGAAAAAGGUGGCCACACAGGUUAAAAAGGGCUAGCAAGGUGAACCCUUUACUGGAAACACAGUUGCCAUCCGCGACGCUAAUGCAACAAAAAAAUAUUUUGUAUUUAUUUAUUUAAGAGUGCCUACUUAGUUUAAUCUAAAACUUUAAACAUUUACGGAUACUGUUAUCUGAUUUGGGUGCACUUCAAGCUAACAAACGAAGCCUCUCGUAUAUACUAUGUACCUGAUGUAGUAGAGUUUUGAGAUUCAAACAAGAGAUACGGCAAAAGUCUGACAUAACAGCAGUGCUCCUUAGCGGAUAUCCCGUGUCGUUAAAGCUAACAGGUUGAUUACGCUUCAGCAGAUUCUGAGUAAAUCACUUUUCCCGACUAAGUCCUAUUGACAUAAAAAAGCUUCUCUGUCCCCAAUCCCCUAACUCAAAAAUUGUGCCUUAUUAGCUUCAAAAAUACAGGCCACACACGCAGCUAACUCUGCGACUUUUUUUUUACAUGUAUUCAUUGGAUACGUGACUUCUUGCCCUAUCGAUCAUUCGUUCCUCUAUGUCCCACGCUCGCUCUGCUUCCAUACAGCUCUACACAAUUGUGCAACUGCAUUGUUACAUUGUUAUCGUUGACAACUUUCCGUCAAACUUUAUUUAUUUUCUAUUUGUCUGUCAGUCACAGGGGCAAGACAAAGUUACAAGAGACAUCAUUUUUAUCAUCUGCACAUGGCACAUAUGUUAUUCACUACCAUCGAAACAGCCGUACCGCUGUGUUGCUUUGUAGCGGAAUCUGAGCCUGUGACCCGUCGAACUCGUACUAUGUGAGCGGCUAAUGAUUUUCGGCUAGUCUGUGCACGUGUGCGUGGCAUUACUCAUACAGGUGUUCUCUGUGUCCACAACGCGGGCAUUACCACAAAAUUCGAAUCAAGCGACUUGCACAUAUGUUCGUUGUGCGUGGCUUUUCAAGAUAAGCUCGGACAACGGGAAAAAGGGAAAGUGAGGGGAACAUGCGGGGCAACAUUGAUCCUUCUAUAGUAUUGUCGGUCUGACUGCGUGCGCACGACGGUCUGUUCCGGUGACCGCCUGAGUGCUUGCCAGCCAAGUCCUCCGGGCUAAUGAUGGCUGAGCGAAGCGAAUGAAGAUAAUGUAAAAGCUAACAGUUAAGCUACAGACAUCAAAGGGAUGUCGAAGCACAGCACCGACAUCCCCAUAGCUUUGCCUAGUGCGGAGUUUCGCCUGCCUAACUUCAUCUUCCAAGAAAACUUUCGCUUCAACAGGAAAAUAACCAUAACAAAAAGCAGCUAAAGUAAGAGUUGGAAGUGCUGAAACAGGAGUCGGGCCACAAAAACGAAUCAGGCACAAGGUAAUGAGGAUCAGGCAAGCAUUGCAAUGCCAGCGAUAUAACCACACAAGUAUACACACAUUUUUGCCCAAAAAAACUGAAUCACUGCUUUGAAUCUACCAAAAACAGGGGGUCACCUCCUUCCCGUUACAUAUAAUAAUGCAGAAGGAAAGACUUCUUUCGCCGAUGAGAUCACGUGAAAAUGUAAACGCGUAUAUUAAUACAAUGAUUUCUGUAAAGGUUACAUUGUGGUGGCAAAGUGUACUGCUGUCCAUUCCCUCGACAACGUUCAUCAAGGAUCACACUUUCCUGGAACAAAAUGGUCGCUGACGUGGUUGCUUUCACUGAUACCGACUACUCAGAUGGUAGUAUAACAGAAGUAAGUACAGGUAGUCCUCGCGAGGUGCGUUAUGUCAUGGCAGUGAAGGAUGCGAACGACACGUCUGUCUACGAGACUCAGUCUGGCUCGAAAAUCAUCAUUGGCCGGGCAGCUCGAGCUCGAGCUGACCUGAUUGCUAGACAUCACGAGCAGAGAAUUGCCCACAAUAACGCGACACUCCCGUUCGAAAGCCGGCAACGGCAGGGCCGAAUCGUCAACAACGCAGUUGCGGUCGCCCCUGAGUCGCGAAUCGUUAACGAUCCCGAAGCAUAUGCGCACAUUCCAGCAUUUGGGGGCACACCACCCACCACAGGAUUUCAGCCAGUCGAGAGCAUUCGUAAAGACGAUGUACAAUUGUCGCAGGUCUUGACGACUUCUCAGCAUACAGCGAAAAAGGCGUUUGAAAGGAUAAACAUUAUUGAUAAAAGGUAUAGGCCAGUGGAAAAGCCUAUAUAUGACAAGCGCAUUGUGAACCGUCCGUAUGUACCCAUUGGAGGAUCACUCCCAUCGCUGGGUCCGAUUCCGCCAGCCGCACAAGAUGAAUGUGUUUGUGUGCGCCACUACCAGUGCGAUAAGGAUGGAUUCCUGAUCGGGAGCACGUCAGGAUUUGGAGUGGACUCGUAUGGAUCUAACGCUGGAUCGUAUCCACCAAAUCUGGGAUUUGCAGAGCCUAUUUCGCCACCGCCGCCCCGUCGAUUCGAUCCUGUACCUCACCAUGACCAGUCUUUUCUUGAUAUAGACGAACGCUCCAAUGAUGAUAACGAGGAGCUGAGUCUAGAAGGCCGCAGUGCGGACUCCAAGGCUAAUAAACGUGCCAAGGACGAUGAGCAGACCAAACAGGACAACGAUAUGUCUCGCCCAAAGCGAGAGCUGCCAACUUUGAAUGAGAAGUUCAUAGGCGAAAUAAAAGAUGAUGAGGCUAAUUCUACGAAGGGCGUUGAAUCGCGACGUGAGGAAGCCCCAGCUUACGCAACGGAGAUUAUGCAGCGGAUGCUAGGCGUCAACUUCGGACAUUGUGGAGUACUUAAGACCUGCUGCAGAAUCCCACCAUCUUACGAUCGUAACGCUCUUCCUGCUGAUUCCUUCCCCCUGAAGGCGGCCGCCUUUGCGCCUGACAGCAAACGAGUUAAUUCCUUCACCGAUUUCGAUAAUAAGCCAGGUUUUGGCAAACAGGACUUCCCGCAAGCAUUUGUUCCGUCUAGCGACUCCGAUUUUUCUGGGGCUUACCCUCCUGUCAGUUCUAUUGGGCUUCAGCAAUCAUAUCCGACUUGCGGUUCCAGGAACUCGUACGGAGCCCGCGGACGUGUUGCCAACCUUAACUACCCUGAAUCUGGAACCGACUUUGCCGAAUUUCCUUGGCACGUCGGUAUUAUGAAACGACUCGGUCCGCACGAGUCCCUCUAUGUGUGCGGCGGUGUACUUAUUGCUAGUCAAUGGAUUGCUACAGCCGCCCACUGUCUUAAGAAUCUCCGGCCUCAUGAAUUGAAAGUGCGCUUAGGUGAAUGGGACGUCCAUCGUGAGGAUGAGUUAUAUGCUCACGUUGAGAAACUCGUUACGGACGUAGUUAUCCACCCGGAGUUCUUUCCUGGUAAUCUGAACAACGAUUUGGCUUUAUUGCGUAUGGACGGCCCGGUUGAUCUGAACGCCCCGCAUAUCGCCGCCGCCUGUCUACCUGAAGUGGCCGUUAACUUUAUCGGACAGCACUGUUGGGUCACCGGAUGGGGCAAGGACGCAUUCGGCCCACAGGGCGCGUAUCAGCACGUCUUACGCAAGGUCGACGUACCAUUACUUGAUCCUCUGGAUUGCCAAGAUCGUUUGCGCAAAACGCGUCUAGGACUUCUUUUCAAGCUGCAUACGAGCUUUGUUUGCGCCGGAGGAGAACCUGGAAAGGAUGCUUGCACGGGCGACGGUGGAAGUCCAUUGGUUUGCGAAGAUCAGGGCGUAUGGAAGGUGGUGGGCCUCGUGUCAUGGGGCAUCGGAUGUGGAACUCCUGGCGUGCCAGGUGUUUAUGUAAAUAUGGCGAAGUUCCGACCAUGGAUCGAAACUGUCCUCGCUAGUGCAACCGUCGCAUCUGAAUAGAUAGAACCGAUUCAUGGAGACGCUGGCCGUCUUUGCUCGAGCUUUUGUUCUCCCAGGAUGCGUUGUUGUUUGCCAGUGCUUUAAUAACAACAAUAAUAGCCGAAGCUUUAUCUCAAAAGAUACGUUCUGGUGAACUUAUACAAGAUGAUAUUCCUACAUUAUUUUUUUUGCGGCUGCCAUCCAGUUAAAGAGUGAAAGUAUGGCCAAAAAGAUGAACUUACUUCCAGUCACUUGUUCUUGAAAAUUAGGCAAGUAUUCGAGAAAAACACUGUAAACGGUUCUUCUCCGUGAAGAUACACGAAACAAAAAUAGUCUGUUACGCAAUCCGGUUGAACUCGACAUGGAGAAAGCUGUUGAGUUUUAUCAAGAUGCUGUACUUGUCAAACAGCACAUAGACAUGGUGCAAACGACAUUUCUGGUGAUGACAAAAAACGUUACCAUAUCGUAUAUCUGAAACGGUGCUCGUGAACUAGAACUUUCUUUGAUUAGUAUCGCGAGUUAAAACGUAGAGAUUUAACGCAAUGGUGGUUCCUGUGUCACUAUACAGAUUCAAGCAGCCGCAAGAGUCGUAUGUAUACUAUUAUAAAUAGCAUCACUGCACAUUAUUUGCACUAAUGAAUAACAUUCCACCUUGUUUGUAAAUAGGCAUUUCGCCAUAGGGGCUAGACCCCGACCUUAACAGAGAUGCUAUAGAUCCGAUGUGUCUAUCGUAUAACAAUAUAAAUCGAUGCCAGACAAGGCCUUUUAAAAAGUACAUUCAAGCUAAGAAUAUUCACAGAAACAUAAUAAGAGUUCGAGGGAUGCAAGAAUAUAGUGCUGAACUUAUAUGGUCCGCACAGCAUGUAACACCGCCAAUCUAGUUCACACGUUUGUUAGAUACCAACGGCAAGCUAUUCAGCUACACCCGAGCGAUCGGUCGCGAAAAGAAAGUACGAUAGUAGAUAGCCACUGGUCGUGCACUGAAGCAUUUACAAUAUUUAUAACGGAUGCCACAUCUGUUAGAAAUUAACAGUUGGUUUAAAUAUUUAUACUUGUUACAGCUAAAAAAUAAAGCAAUUUUAUUUGAGAGUUAGUGAACGCAGCCUUUGUUUAGGAGCAUAAAGAGGAUUCAAUUGAAGUCUACCUGAGGACAGGCGUUAGAUCGUCGUCUGUUCUAAUCGAAACACGGCGAUUAGAAGAGGAGACUCACACAAAAUAUGCACGUCAGCAUCCUAAUGCCUGUGCAUGUAUUCCUUUACAAUUCUAUAGGCGAGACGUAAAUUGUAUUUGGCUACAUAGGGUGCCGGUUUUUUUCGAAGUGCCUUUGGUACAUAGCUGUCUAUCUGUUUGUCCCUUCUGUUCCUUAUUUUUCUACGCCGGCGACUGUGGUUUUACAAAAUGCUUAUGUUCUAUUGAUUCGUUCGUUGUCGACUUUGGACUUUGGUCAAGGACGCGAACUAACUAUGAUACUACGGUAGGCAACUUUUUUUCUACUUCUUCCGUUGCUCGACCACCGUAUUCCGUCAGCUAACAAUGGUCGUGAGGUGUUGCCAAAGCGGUUCCCCCGGGAGUAUAGAGGUGAGUGGUUGAUUUCGAUCUGCAUGUCAUUAGUGAAUAUCGCGAAACGUUAUACAAUCGCACGUAAAUGUUGUUUAAUGAUACAUAACAUAACCUACGUUAUGUAUGUUCCCUUCCUGCGUGCGCAUUCGACAAUUCCUAUUUAUUUUCUCGCAGAGAUCAAUAUAAACGCUUCUUUAGAUGGUGCCGCUAAGUUACUAUGCUGCACCACCUAUGCUCAAUACGCUAUCCGGGAAGCGGAAUCAAGACAUUCGAUAGCGUAGUACUUUCGAUCCCCUUACACGCAGUAAAAUGCAAAAAAAAAAUGCAACUUUUUUGCAGUUUGAAAAAGUGCAGUUGGAUGAUGCUUGAUGACAUUGAUUGUACGUGCCCAUGACAUGACCUUUCAAACAAUGGCCGACGCAAGUUUACGUGCUAUUGAUUCAGGCCGUCUACACGCCAUCACAACGGGUCUCAAAUGUUUGACCGUACACCGUAGAUGGUGAGUCAUAACUGGCUUUGUCCUCGAGAACGAGUUCUGCUAGCGAACGAUCAAGACUGAUAGCCUAUAGAUGUCCAAACAGCUUUGUACAAUAUUGCCUCACUGUCGUAUUCAACCGCGUCUGAUCAUCGAACCAGAGCUCAAAUAGAAUACCCAGGUUCCUUCUCUAAGCUACAGCGUGCACCUUUUUAAAAUUAUAUAUGGGUACAACAAUAUACUGGUAUAAGUCUAAAAAAUUUCGCAUGUAGCGAUUUCUACAUAAAGGGAACAGUGGGUUUCUUAAUAUGUUAGGAAGUUUGUUAUACAAAAUUUGAUCUACAUACUUCAUUAUUAUUAACAACGUAUAUAACAAAAGUAAGUUGCUACCUUUAGUUAAGCUGGUCGAGUUAUGUAAGUUCCAUUGUAUCGCCUGGUACCAUGAUUGUAAGUGUUUGUCAACGUCUCACAAAGAGACGUUUUCACACGAUAACGCUUUGUGUAUUUUUUUUAUUAGUCACCGUCAAUUUUGUAAAUAAGUCCUCGGAGUCACGUAUUUUUCUGUAUCGCAUCAAGGACUUUUCCCAUCAGAAGCCUAACUUAAGUCUGGCUAAACCUAUCUAGGGUUACUUCAACGGAUCUAUGAAAUAGCACGGCAACCAUGCAAGCAGCUAAUAAUUUUAGUAGAAAUAUCCUAUUUUUCGUUGAUUUCUUUCACUCCAUAUUUCCUUGAUAUUGUUUGGAAAAAACGCUCAAAUUUGAAUCAGUGUGACCCGUUAGUUACGGUUACCAUGAAAACGCAUUUAAGGAGACGCGAAUAGCCAUCUAUACCAUGUUUUGGUAUAGAUGGCUAUCUGCAUGCGUUUUGUAUUAGAGCACUAUUUGGGGUGUACAGUCUCUGCCAGGUAGAAAAAGUUUUGUACGCUGAUUCCCUAUAUGCAUGGUUAUUUUUUGCACUAAUAUACCACGUGACAGGUUUAUAAAGCUUGAAAAUUUUGAAAAUAAAAAAAAUUCUAAACAAAUGCUACUAUUUUUCGACCGCUCUCGGUCUCAUCUUUAAAUAGACGAAUGUUUCCAGUUUUACUUCCGAUACCGCCGAUUGGCGCUGCUUCAGACGGCUGGCAACUGGCAGCCCAACAUGAAAUGCAUCGACACUGGAUUUCGAACCUGGACCACCUCGUCGCUAAAAGUUUACUACGCAAACACAUUACCACUGCUCCAUUACAAGGGCAAUGCUCUCACACCUAAUACGGAGCAACAACACGCUUGCGCGUUCCUUAAGUACUCAUUUGUGGUUUAUUCAGUUGUCUCGUAACCAUCUCGACUUUUUGUUUCAUUCUACCUUUCAUCAUUACGGUUAUCGCCUUCUUUCCAAUUUCCAUUCUUUCAAUAACAUUAAACUUAGUUUUACUUAAUGUUCCAAUAACUUAGCAAAUUCACUUUACCAGCACACCGAUGCAUCAAACUAAAAUGGUUUAGUCUGUAGUAGUGGUACACGUUCUUCUUUUUUCAUUUUUUCGUGUACUCUGCGCUCUGCCUAAUAAUGUUUCUCCCCUUCCUCACGCUUUUCUUCUUCUGACCAUCAUCGUGAUCAUUAUCAACAUUAGCCACCCUUCUUUAUAAGCCACUUUCCUCAUCUUCCGUUUUCUUCAAAACUGUUCUAUUUCUUGGACCUAUUUACGUGCAUUUCCUCUAUAUUCAAUGGUUGUAUGAUGGGGCGUGCACAGAAAAAUCCAUUACUUGAUUUGUAUGAACAAGUUAUUUUAUCCGGCUUGAUCUUACAAAGACAUUCUCGACCAUUUAGGUAGCGUCGAGACAGCAAAAACAACCCAGUAUUCAUGACCCCUCGUCCCGUCGUCCAUCGAAGAUGUACGAAUUGUCCUUGCUAAGAGGUUCUCGACAGAAAACCACCCUGCCAACUACAAAAAGAGUUAAAAAAAAAAA